AUGUCAACAAACUCGUCUUUUGAAAAGUUGGAAUCGACUUCAGCGAUAGAUCGACAAUUUUGGGAAUAUUUCGAGAUGGCAGAUGAAAGGAAUAUAACUUGGGAGGAAGUGGCAGGUAGACAGCAGGGUGCAGUUUUAGGUGCAUACGGUGUUUUAAUGGCUGUGGGUGCGAUUGGCAAUGUCGCUGUGUUGGUAGCUCUGGCUGGUUCGAGACGAAGGAGGUCUAGAGUUGACCUCCUUAUGACCCAUCUUGCUGUGGCUGAUGUUUGUGUCACUUGCGGCGUCAUCCCUUUAGAGGUAAGUUGCGUUAAAAUAGCGGAUGUGGAA